AUGGCGGCAGCAACACUACCUUAUUCCCGCACCCUUCCGCCUCCGCUCUCUGAUCGACAGAAGGUCAACGAGUUUGGAAGCUCCAACAACCCCUCUUCCUCCAGCGGCAAUCGUUACGAUGAAUGGGGUCCGAAUUCCGUUCCGCCUACAUCGCAAUCCAACAUUCCAUGGGACGAUCAGAUUGUGCCGGCCCUGCGCAAGAAGCUGGAAGCCGACUCGAAAGAUAUCAGCAAACGCAUUUCUCGCAUCCAAGAAAGCCAUGCCGGCUGGCCACGUUCGCCUGGAAGUCAGCAACGUAGAAUGUCGCGCGAGGUCGUUCAGCAUCAUCAGCACGAGUCUUCCAUCGAUCAGUUUCACAACAGAUUUGCCUCCCUGAGCGGGCAAACAGCAGCGCUCAAUGCGACGAGCAGCCUUUCUUUUCACGCUUCCCCAGCUUCGAUUUCGUCCAAUGAUGCCACCGCAAGAGCAAGGCUGAAGGCGCGGCAGAUCGCAGCAGCACGUAAGCAAGCGCAGAAGAUCAACGCUUCCAGCGACUCCAUUCUUUCAUCAUCCGGGCGCGAUUCCUGUCGUUCAGCAAUGGUGAGACACGGUGGAGGAGCAGGAGCAGGAGGAGGUGGUGGUGAUGAUGAUGAUAAUGAUGAUGAUGAUGAUGAUGAUGGGUUGGAAAGCAGUAUCGAUGUCACUCCUCAAGUGGCGGGUGCCGAUGAGUAUGCACCCACUGCUCCGAACGGCGUGGGCCACAGAUCGUCUUUCGAGCGGAGGAGGUUGAGAACGCAGUCGACGCCCAUGCGACCCAGCUUGGACAUUGUCAAUCCACCACCAGAAUCUGUGCCAAGAUCGCGACGUACACCGGAUCAGUCGUCUCAAGAACCACGUAGGACCGCCAAUGGUCAUCAACGGACAAGUUCUUUAUCGCGCCGCAGAGCCGCAGCGGCAGCCACCAUGGACCCAAAGCUGAUGGAAGAGUUCCAUCCGUUAGGCAGUACUCCUUCUCCCACAGCAAAGUUGCUUCGUGCGCAUCAGGACUUGCAUCCCUCAGCCUCACCCAGCGUGCGCGAUCGAAAGAUUCAACCCGACGCUUUCCGCUCCACAGCUCGACGCUUCCGUGAAACCUCGGCACCUCCCUCUUUUGGCGAGGCUAGCAACGACACCAACAGAAUCCUCGACGCACUCCGUGCCUCGCCAGGAAGCAAGAGCGUGAACGACUGGGAGGAUCAGAUCAUUCCCACGGUAGCAAGAAAGCUGCAGCAGGAACAAUUCCUCAAAGCUGGCAAAGAGGGCAGAUUUAGCAAAUACGAAGGCUUGAUCGAUACUUGGGAUCGAAACGGCCUCCCCUUGAGCCAUCGCGACCUUAUUGCUGCACAAAAGGCGAGCAAGUUGCAUGAGGACCAGCAGAGGCAGCAACAACAGCAGCUGCUCGAAGAGCACAAGCCAAUAGAGGAGGAGCAACAGAUCCUUACUCCAGCUCCAGCUGUGUUUCCCCAGAGGAGCAACAGCCUUAGCCCAAUCGACGCUGCAUUUGGCGCCCGCAGAUCCAGAUCAAGAGCUAGCAACCACAGCAGAAGCAGUCAUCGCUCAGCGUACUCCCAUCCACCACAGCAGAAGCAGUCCUACCAGCUGUAUCCCCACCAGCAGAAUCAGCAGCAUCAGCAGCAGCAGCAGCAGCAGCAGCAAUACCCACAACCAUCAGCAACACAGGCAACAUCUGCCGCUUUGUCUCAAAGAAAGAACAACAGGCAUCAAGACGAGGUCGAUAAGGGUGCAUGUUGUUGUAUCGUCAUGUAG